AAGAUGGCUACUGACUUGUAAGCAAACAUUCAUCAGUCGGAGUAAUCUUACAAUGAAAUCGUGAAAACACUAUCUACAUUUGUCAAAUGGAAACACUGUAAUACAAGCACCUCAUUUUGGGAAGUUUUGUUGCAGUUUCGUGGUUGUACCUUUGCCCUUUGGCCAGUAGAAUGCGCUGUUCACCAACUUUAGCGUUGUCGAUCUGUGCCAUCUGCUUGCCGCUCAGUGUCUACGGUGCUGUUCGUUCAUUAAAAGAACGUGCAACAGCUAUGAGCACUUCAUCCCUUCAUUGCUGGCAGGAAGAGGAGUUUACAAUUUUGGCCGUGUGUGCCCAGUGUACACCUUUUCAGAUGAAUUCGUGGCCACCUUGUCACUUAACUGGAUUCAUUGAGCAGAUUAACUGUUCAAAGUCUAACAAACUUGAACAUAAGAGCUGUCGCUCUUUAAGACAGGAGGAAAAGCUCUUCUGGAAGUUUGAGGGAGUCAUGAUGACUCUGACGGUUGUCUUCAUCCUACUUGUGAUUGCCCGUCAACGUGGCUUGGACCACCUUGCAUCAGAGAAGGUCCGUCGGCAGAUCGAAUCCAUAUAGUCUCCUCCAAAGUUGAACUACCUCAUUUACCAUUGUGAGCAUUUUACUGCACUUUAAUCUAAUUUCUUCAUGUGGUGGCCUUAUUGAGUAAUGUAUAUACCAAGGUGUAAUAGUUUAUGGAUACAGAUGUGUCUGUCUUACCUGAUUAUAUUGAGGGUUUAAACAGGGUGUUAUUUAUCAGUCAUCUGUAUAAUUCCUUCUCAUGUCUAAGUUUUCUGUUCGGAUCAAAGUGCUUGCUGUUAAUGCAGUACAACAAUAUAUAGUUAUUUAAGGCUGUGAUGUAAUCUAUUAUGUUUCUUCUUACUAAAGUCCCGAUGCUUUGUUAACAUAUCCUUAACCUGAGUACUAAAGUACUACGGAACAUUUAAUGUUGUUGCAUGUAAUUAAAACGUAAUAAAGUAUUUGCCUACAGUU